AUGUUGCUGACGUUCCGGCUGGAGAAUUCUUUGUGCUCCAGCGACGGCGUAUGGAGACAACAGAGUCCUCACACAGUGAAAACGAACAAGCAAGAGCUCGAUGGACUGACGGAAGUCACUCCCAAAAAUAUCACGCUGAGUCAAGAGCAAGUCGCAGAACAUGAAAAACAGCUCUUUUCACCAGGCAACCGCAUAAGGAGGAAACACAAGGCGAUCGAAUUGAGGUGUACCUUCGCCGAGCCAAAAGGAGACCUGGCCGUACAGGAGCUGAGUUGCGGGGCUGCGAAUGGAAGGUCGGCGAUUCAAACCCACCAGCUGCUCUGUGGAGACAGAUGUCGCUUCCUGCUCUGUUCGGAUGACAGCUGGAGAAACGUGACGCAGGCGACGCGGACAACCCGCAAAGCCAUCGCCUUUGGCAAGCGCUCACACUCCAUGAAGCGGAACCCCACUGCCCCCGUCACCAAGGCAGGCUGGCUGUUCAAACAGGCCAGCUCGGGCGUGAAGCAGUGGAACAAGCGCUGGUUCGUGUUGGUGGACCGCUGCCUCUUCUACUACAAAGGUGAGCCUGCCCUCUGGACCCUGGUGGGGGUGCUGCAGGCCCUUAAACCCUCGGCUGCCAACCGGAAGGUGACCGUGUGCUGGCUGGACCAGGCCGGGGCCAGCUCGGUGCGCUGCCUCUCCCCACAGGCCGAGCACGCGGGGGUCCGAACUUACUUCUUCAGUGCCGAGAGCCCCGAAGAGCAGGAGGCCUGGAUCCAGGCCAUGGGGGAGGCCGCCCGAGUCCAGAUCCCCCCAGCCCAGAAGUCGGUGCCCCAGGCUGUGCGCCAAAACCAUGAGAAGCCAGACUCAGAGAACAUCCCACCCAGCAAACACCACCCCCAGCAGCCACACAACCACCUUGCCAAGCCCGAGCCAGAGGCCAAGACUCGAGGGGAGGGUGACGGCCGAGGCUGCGAGAAAACAGAGAGGAGGCCCGAGAGGCCCGACGUCAAGAAGGAGCCUCUGGUGAAAGCCAACGGUAUCCAAGCUGGACCAGACCCAGCCUCCGAGCCCGGCAGCCCUUACCCAGACGGCCCAAGGAUCCCAGGGGGUGGGGAGCGGGCCGGCCAGCCCAAUGGCUGGCCUUAUAGCUCUCCAAGCCGACCAGGGAGCACGGCUUUCCCGCCUCAGGAGAGUGCAGAGAGUGGGGGCCACCGGCAGAGCUUCCCACCCCGCACCAACCCUGACAAAAUCGCCCAACGCAAGAGCUCCAUGAGCCAGCUUCAGCAGUGGGUCAAUCUCCGCCGGGGGGUGCCCCAGCCCGAAGACCUUCGGAGCCCCUCUAGGUUCUACCCCAUGCCCCGAAGGAUCCCAGAAUACUAUGGACCCUAUACCCCGCAGUACCCGGACGAUUACCAGUACUACCCCCCGGGCGUGCGGCCGGACAGCAUCUGUUCCAUGCCCGCCUACGAUCGCAUCAGCCCGUCCUGGGCCCUGGAGGACAAGCGCCACUCCUUCCGCAACGGGGGCGGGGCUGCCUACCAGCUGCGGGAGUGGAAGGAGUCCUCCGGCUACGGGCGGCAGGACGGCACCGUCUGGAUCCCCAGCCCCUCCCGGCAGCCCGUCUAUUACGACGAGCUGGACGCUGCCUCGGGCUCGCUGCGCCGUCUGUCCCUGCAGCCCCGCUCCCACUCCGUGCCCCGCUCGCCCAGCCAGGGCUCCUACAGCCGCGCCCGCAUUUACUCCCCGGCCCGCUCACCCAGCGCCCGCUUUGAGCGGCUGCCACCCCGCAGCGAGGACAUCUACGCAGACCCCGCCGCCUACGUCAUGCGACGAUCCAUCAGUUCCCCCAAGUAUGAUUACCUGGGAGACAGGCGGCCAGUCCCUGCAGGACUGUUCCCCUACAACUACCCACCAUCCCCCACGAUCCACGAUAAGAUGGAUGAACUUUUAGACCUUCAGUUGCAAAGAAACCUAGAGUAUUUGGAUCAGCAGAUGAGUGACAGCGAGACUCUCAUCAGCAUGGUGAACCGCAUGGUGGGAAACUCUUCCCCCAGGGCCCAACUGUUCAUGCAAGUCCCUUCGUACCCAGAAGUCUUCCGGGACAGCGUCCACACCUACAAGCUAAAUGAGCAAGAUACGGAUAAGCUGCUGGGCAAACUCUGUGAGCAGAACAAGGUGGUGAGGGAGCAGGACCGGCUGGUGCAGCAGCUCCGGGCGGAGAAGGAGAGCCUGGAAAGUGCCUUGAUGGGAACCCACCAGGAGCUGGAGAUGUUUGGGAGCCAGCCCGCGUACCCCGAGAAGCUGCUGCACAAGAAGGAAUCGCUGCAAAACCAGCUCAUCCACAUCCGGGUGGAGCUGUCUCAGGCCACCACGGCCCUGGCUAGCAGCACCAUGGAGUACGAGAGCCUGGAGUCCGAUGUCUCCACCCUGCACGAUGACCUCUGGGAGCAGCUCAAUUUGGACAUCCAGAAUGAGGCGCUCAGCCGGCAGAUCCAGAAGGAGAUCUGGCGGAUCCAGGACGUGAUGGAGGGGCUGAGGAAGAACAACCCGUCUCGGGGCACCGACACGGCCAAGCACAGAGGAGGACCGGGGACCUCCGCGACCUACAGCUCCAACAGCCCCGCCAGCCCGCUCAGCUCCGCCAGCCUCACCAGCCCCCUGAGCCCCUUUUCACUGGUCUCUGGCUCUCAGGGGUCCCCCACCAAGCCCGGGUCCAAUGAGGAACCUGGCCCGCCUCGGCCUCCCCUCCCCAAAGCCUACGUCCCCCUGGAGUCUCCUCCCACCGUCCCUCCACUCCCUAGUGAAAGCCGCUUCUGGCCAUACCCCAACUCCCCUUCCUGGCACCGCAGUGGCGAGCCAGCCAGGGGUCAGCCCAAGGCCAACUAUGAGCCGAGCAAGAAAGACCCCCAUCCGACAUCGCCCCUGGACACCCCUAGAGAUCUCGGUCUUGUGCCUACCAGGCAGGAGGUGGAGGCAGACAAACAGGCAGCUCUUAACAAAGUUGGCAUUGUGCCCCCUCGAACAAAGUCGCCCGCUGAUGAGGAGGGGACCCCCAAAGCAGUGGUGAGGAGGAGUGCCCACGGGCUCACCAAUGGACUGGCCUCGCGGCAGGAGCGCCCGAAGAGCGCUGUGUUCCCGGGUGAGGGGAAGGCCAAGAUGAGCGUGGAGGAGCAGAUGGACCGCAUGCGGCGGCACCAGAGCGGCUCUGUGAAGGAGAAGCGCAGGAGCCUGCAGCUCCCGGCCAGCCCGGCCCCUGACGCCAGCGCCCGGCCGACCUACAGAGUGGUGCGCCGCCACCGUAGCAUCCACGAGGUGGACAUCUCCAACCUGGAGGCAGCUCUGCGGGCAGAGGAGCCCGGCGGGCAGGCCUAUGAGACGCCCCGGGAGGAGAUCGCCCGGCUGCGUAAGACGGAGCUGGAGCCCCAGCACUAUGACGUGGACAUCAGCAAGGAGCUCUGCACCCCGGACAAAGUCCUCAUCCCCGAACGGUACCUGGACCUGGAGCCCGACACUCCCCUGAGCCCCGAGGAGCUGAAGGAGAAGCAGAAGAAGGUGGAACGGAUUAAGACGCUCAUUGCCAAAUCCAGUAUGCAGAACGUGGUGCCCGUCGGCGAGGGGGACUCUGUGGACAUGCCCCAGGACUCGGAGAGCCAGCUGCAGGAGCAGGAGAAGCGGAUUGAGAUCUCCUGCGCCCUGGCCACCGAGGCCUCCCGCAGGGGCCGCAUGCUGUCUGUGCAAUGUGCCACCCCCAGCCCUCCCACCUCCCCUGCCUCCCCGACUCCACCAGCCAACCCCCUCUCGUCUGAAUCCCCACGGGGCACCGACUACAGCCAUACCAUGCGGGUCUGAGCUCUGACUGCAAGCCCUGGCCGAGGCCAAUGCUGUGAAGCCCCAGAGAGCCACAUCCUGAAGUCCUUGGCCGCCUGAACGCCUGCCUCCCCACCCCGGGCCCUACCCUUGCGCUCCCUGUGGGUGCUGCAGAGUGCUCCCGGCUGGGGGGCAGGGCUUGGUACUGAGGGGAGUCUGGAUACCCAGGGUCCCCAUGCCUAGUCCUUAAGCCCUCACGACGCCCACCCUGGUCCUGCAGCAGACCAGCAUCUCUCUGAUGCCCA